CGGGCCUGCUGAUAUUAAUAAAAAUGUUAUAGCCACUAAGGCUAUAUAGAAACAUAUAGCGAAAUUAAUUGUGGUCUGAGGCCUUCUGCGACGCCGCCCCCAGCCCAGCCUGAGUUGACGAGACCAGCCCUGCGGGAACCGUCGACCACCGAGAGGGACCGACUCAACACCGCGAUGUGUGAGACACCCCACGACGACCCUCCAUCGCCGACCGUCACGCGGCCCAGGCAGAACUGGCCGGUAUCGCCGGUACAGCCAGUCGCCACGCCACAGGCCCGAUCAGCCGCCGUUGGCAAGAGGAAGGCAACAUCACCAACCAACCAGCCAGCCAAGACCGAGAGACCAGCGCCGGUAGUCGCCCCCUCCCCACCUGAAGAGUCCGAGGGGACCGUCGCAGUGAGCGGACUGAAGAAACACCUUCAUCAGUACAUGCAGGGGGACACGACAGACCCGACCAAGCUCCGUGGCAGUUACCUCAACGCGGACUGGAGACCCCUGGAGGACGGCAGCGAGUACGAACUUCACAGCAAGAUGUUCGGUACUCACCACACCGUAGUCGUGACGCACCGAAGGGAGCAGACCUAUAGACAGGCCAUACUUUCGAACAAGUUGGACAACCGGAAUCUACAUAAGCUGCAACAUCCAUUGACUGUAUGGAGUCCGCAACUGAAGGGCAGAAGACCGAAUUAAAGUGUUGGAUAACUACACCUUCAGUGUCAAAAAUAGUGUUUGUUGGACCACUUAAUAAAGAUGUAGUCACGUGUUUCUAUCCACGGAAGAUAUGCACAACGUCUGGAGAAUUCACUGGCCGCUACACCGGUGUGAUCCAUGCGAUUAAUGAAUACACGUUGAUAAUAGAGUCGUUCGAUCCAACAACUGACGCUGGUAAAUGGUCGUGCAAUGACUGGGAUAACACACGACCGUACUGUAACAAGACCAGUGAAAGGCCAUACCCAGCAAGCAUGCAUCGUCGGCCCGAUGUUGGCGAAUGGUUGGACAUGAGCGGCUACCAUCGGCACAUUUUUCCUGCAGCUGCCCGCAGUUGGCCCGACGUAAGCGCGAUGACGAUAUGUUCUGUGACUAUAUCAACACUAAUUUGCCAUCGGGUAUUAAUUAUAAUCAUGUAAAUAAAUCCAUAGUUUGUUUUAAUUAAGAAAAAAGAAGAUAUAUAUAUAUUUUUUUUUUUUUUUUUUUAUUUUUUUUUUUUUUUUUUUUAUUAUUAUUAAAAAUUUUUUUGCCUACAGCGGA